AUGUCACCCGAACCAGCAACGGAGUUCCCCCGUUUCCUCGAGCUCCCACCCGAGAUACGCUUGGAAAUCUACAGGUUCUGUCUGCCCACGCGCGUCAUCGACGGCCAGCUUCGCGAACCUUUCCCCAAGUAUGAAUCCUCCGACGAAUACAAUUUGGCUUUCAGAUACAUUGUGGCCAAAUUCAGCAGGACUCCUGUCAUUGCAAGGGUCAGUGCAGAGGUGUAUCGCGUGGUUCGACGGCACUUGGUGGCUCCGCCGGCUAAUGAGUGGGCUUGGAACUGGCAAUCCCUUGAUGAAGUCGGUUACACUGACCCGACGCCGAUUUACUUCAACGCGAAGUUCGAUAUCAUUUGUGUUUCGCUUGAACAUUUGAUCCCACCCGAGAAAAAUCAGCAACGGAUGGAGAUAAGCCCCCACUGGCUUGCGAAAAACAAGGACGUCAUCGUGGCCCUCGACCAACGGAACAUUGAGAGUCGAAAGAAUUGCAUUGUCAUCCUGAGCGAAUCAAUACUCAUCAAGCCAAUGGAAUGGAUUGUCUCGUGUGGCUUGUUCGGCCUCUUUGGCGAAGAACGGACAGUGUUCAUAAACGUCGACGACUUAAAGCGUAUCGACUACUUCGACAAGAAACUUAACAGCCUGAGCGCUCUCACAGACAGCUGGUCCGAGCAUUUCGCUGACGGCGGUAUAAGAGGGUACAGUUCGCACAGCAAUGUUGACCGUGGCAGCCUAUGGGAUAAGGACUCGCCUGUUACCAGCGCCGAGGAGCGAGCACAGAUUAUUGCAAAGGACAAGGAGCAGGCAAUCAGUCUGAUCCGGCAGUCCUGGUUGGAAGUCAACGGGUGCUUCAAUGACACGAAGCCAGACAACCCUUGCUUUGUCCCGUCCGAGGGCGAGGUCUACAACAGAAUUUUUGACGAGGAGCACCCAAACGCCAAACGCUGGUUAGACAAGCUGCCGGCAUUCUCGUUUGCUGUUCUGCUGCACGCGAAAGAUGCCGAAGAGUGUGAGAGGCUAGUUCACGCUCAGGGUGCACGCGAAGCCAACGAGAGUGAGUGA